CUGUCCUUGUCGCGUCUCUCUCUCUCACACAUACACAGUGAUCCCACCACAAAAUGCCACCUCCGACCGCGGGAGCCAAGAAAGCGGCAGCCAAGCUUCCCCUCACCGCCACCUUCCUCUCCCUCUCUGUCCUUCUCCUGCUGCUCGGCUUCUUCGCCACGCAGAAGGCAUUCGCCGUGGCCGCGUCCACCGCCGAUGAACACCGCGAACGAGUGCUUCUCGACGAUGGCAACAAUGCCAAUGCGGACGCCGCCGAGCACGCGGCCGCCGUGGACCGGCAUUGCGCCGGCACGCUGCACCGCGACGUGUGCGCGUCGACGCUCGCCACCAUCCCCGACCUCGCGCAGAAGCCGCUCCGGGACGUGAUCUCCGACGUCGUGGGGCGCGCGGCGGCCGCGGUGCGCGCGUCCUCGUCCAAUUGCUCGUCCUACCUCCGCCGGCCGCUUGGGCUGCGCCUGCGCGACCGCCUCGCGCUGUCCGACUGCCUGGAGCUGUUCGGGCACACGCUGGACCAGCUCGGCACUGCGGCCGCCGAGCUCUCGACCGGGAACCACACUGCGGAGGAGUCCGUCGUGGGAGUGCAGACCGUGCUCUCGGCGGCCAUGACCAACCAGUACACCUGCCUGGACGGCUUCGCGGGGCCGUCCGCCUCGGAGGACGGGCGCGUCCGGCCCUACAUCCAGGGCCGCAUCUACCACGUGGCGCACCUGGUGUCCAACUCCCUCGCCAUGCUGCGCCGCCUCCCGCAACGCCGCCGAGGGCGAGGGGAGGCGUUCGAGGGCUACGGCCAGGUCCGUCGCGGGUUCCCGUCGUGGGUGCCGGCGGGGGACCGGAGGCGGCUCCAGCAGGCGCCCGGGAGUGGUGUUCCGGCUGCGGACUUGGUGGUGGCGAAGGACGGGAGCGGCAACUUCACGACGGUGAGCGAGGCGGUGGCGGCGGCGCCGAACAACAGCGAGACGCGGUACGUGAUCUAUAUAAAGGCGGGAGCUUACUUCGAGAACGUGGAGGUGGGGAGCGAGAAGACCAACAUCAUGUUCGUCGGCGACGGCAUGUGGAAGACGGUCAUCAAGGCAAGCCGGAACUUCGUCGACAACUACACCACCUUCCGCUCCGCCACACUAGCGGUGGUGGGCACGGGGUUCCUGGCGCGGGACCUCACGGUGGAGAACGCGGCGGGGCCGAGCAAGCACCAGGCGGUGGCGCUGCGCGUGAACGCGGACCUGUCGGCGUUCUACCGCUGCAGCUUCGCGGGGUACCAGGACACGCUGUACGCGCACUCGCUGCGCCAGUUCUACCGCGACUGCGACGUCUACGGCACCGUCGACUUCAUCUUCGGCGACGCCGCCGUCGUGCUCCAGAACUGCAACCUCUACGCGCGCCGCCCGGACCCCAACCAGAAGAACGUAUUCACCGCGCAGGGGCGCGAGGACCCCAACCAGAACACGGGGAUCGCCAUCCAGGGCGGCAAGGUCGCCGCCGCCGCCGACCUUAUCCCCGUGCAGGCAAACUUCUCGUCGUACCUCGGCCGGCCGUGGAAGGCCUACUCGCGCACGGUGUACAUGCAGACCAAGAUGGAGAGCCUCAUCCACCCCAGGGGCUGGCUCGAGUGGAACGACAGCGUCACGCUCGACACGCUCUACUACGCCGAGUACAUGAACCAUGGCCCCGGCGCCAACACGUCGGCGAGGGUGGCGUGGCCCGGGUACCAUGUCCUCACAAACGCCUCCGACGCGAGCAACUUCACCGUGCUCAACUUCGUGCAGGGCGACCUGUGGCUGAACUCCAGCUCCUUCCCCUACGCCUUGGGCUUGAGCUAGAAUAGAAUGCAUGAGCUGCUUCUCUCCAUCGAUAUGGGCAUUUUUUGGUCCAUGGUUGAUACGUAGUUUGCAUCUUUUUGGAAUAAGGGUGGUUCAGCUCAGUAGGUUGGAUAGUUUCUAGUAACCCUGAAAGCUAGAGCUGCUGUUACUACAUCUGUUUUCAUACUAUGAUUCUUGGUUAAAAUCUACAAUGGCCGAAGGCUAGUCAUGGAAGAGGAUAACCUCACUGCUUCAUUUUUAUGAGCAUACAACCUGUCGAC